AUGGUUUCGCUUACAGGGGCAUUGGGAAUGCCUCCGUUUCGAGAGCGACUCGGGACGGGAUGCACCAAGGAUAGCAAGGACUCUGGCAUCGAGGUUCGACCAAAAGCAAAACGACAUCGAAACCGAGCCCGCAUGCAAACAAGCGCUCGCAAAAAACCAAUCAGUUCGAUAGAGGAACAAGUAGCCGAUAAUCGACAAGAAGACGCCAGGCGAUAUGCCGAAAAUUCGAUUGUCAUUGGAUUAUGGCUAGUCGUCCUGUAUGUAACAAACCUCACCUUCGGACUACCACUCAAAAUAAUGUGGCCAGCGAGGAUCAAUCACGCCGCCGUAGCUCUCAGCUAUCUGCUGAUUGGAAUUUGGGUGCUGUGUGCCAUCUAUUUCUACAUCAGAAAACGAAGUGACGAGAUGAGAUGGCACAAGACGUAUCCAAAGACGUACUACUUCGCGUGGAUGGUUCAAUUAAUGGGGUUCGCUCUGUUCUGCUUGGCUACCUACCCACAAAUCCACCGCUGGAGUCUACUCGUGUCCAUCUUCUACUUCUCCUUCUUCGCUACCAUCAGCAACACCUUCUUGUAA